AUGAAGAUGGUACUAAGUUCUUCUAUCUCAUCUAUUGGCGGUCUGAUCAGAAGCAGAGUGUGUCAGUACCUACAUAGCUAUAGUUUGAAAAAUUCGCUUCUGGCUUCUGGCGGUUUCGAUCUCGAAAAAAAACCGGGUCGCGGUCGCAGGUCCUCGCUUGGUAAUGAAGAUCUGGAGAGAGCCGUGGAAGCAAAUCCGGAGCCUAACACACCGACGUUACCAGAAGACCUGGGCGUACAUCAUAGACAUUUGGCAGAAAUUGGCAAAGUGAAGAAGAUAUCAAGGCGGGUGCCUCACGAGCUGACCGAAGAGUAG